AUGGUAGCGGUGCGACUACUUGGUCGCCUUCAUCUCACAAAUCGAAGUAAUGACAGCUCUUGCACGCCGCGACGAAGCUCAGACACUGGACCCAUCCGCCGACGAACUUACCGCAAGCAAUUGGGCAACUUCCGAUCACGACGGAACUUCUCGAAUACCCCCGCCGCACGAAUCACACUGGAGGACGAUGACGAGGAUGAUGGAGUUCCACCGCCAGUUAUCAACAGACGCCCGAGGCGUCCGGAGGAUAUCCGUGCCAGCAAAGAAGACCUGAGACAGAUCAUUGCAUCUCGAAAAAAGCAACCCAAGUUGCGUACUGUAUUCACACCACACGACCGGAUAGAGAUUCGCAAGACUGAACAGAAGGUUCUGCUGUUGACUCCUGCUUCUCAAUUUGUCCGAGAAUUUGUUGACAUCAAAUAUCGCUUUUUUGAGGAUCGUUUGUCGCAAAAUCACGGAUUCAAUCAACGGUUGGCAAUGCAGUAUUGCAGGGCUUUCUCCGCAACAAUUGCAUGGCUCGAGGCUGAGUUCAUGCAAAUUCACCACGAGAACCGGUUGAUUGAACACGAAUAUUGCAAGAUUCGCUUCGCAGAAUCUCCGAAACUCAAAAAACAGUUUGAUAAAUUGGCCACGCGAUCCUCUGAGCUGCAGUAUGAAGCCCUUAAAGGAAUUGUCGGGACCUCGAAAGUCUUCAUACGUGACCUAGACAAUCUACUCAAAGAGGAUUACCUGCGGCCCUGGAAAACUGCUAGGGCCCGAAUCGAUUCCCUCCUAGCUUACUCAGAGAGGACGCAACAAGAGUAUCGCAAACUACAAGAUAAAGGAUUCGCUGUGAUCAACGGGGGCAACGACAUUCGAACGCUCUUGUUAAGUCUGGUAAACCUGGUCAUACCCGGUGGUCCAGAUUUCCUUGCAUUAUCACAUGCAACUAGAGCGCAAAACUUGGCGGUUGGCCAAACAGCCCAUUAUCACCGAGGCGUGUUCCUCGAAUCCAGGGAACUCCGGCAUCCACUCAAGGCCGCAAACUUCCACAGAAUCGCAUAUGAUAUCCGGAUAGCUCCCGUCGAUUCCGCCUGGGAUGUUGUGAAAGCUAUGCUGUUUAAAAGACCUAUGAAGCGAGUUUUCCAAAGGGAUCAGAAGUCCGCCGCUAUCGCCCUGGAGGCGCAGUAUAUGAAAUGGCGGAGAGUGUCCAGAACUACCAAAUACUCGACAGAGAACAAAUAUUUGCGUCAGCUUGAUGUCAUGGCACCUUUUGACACCCUCAUGAUUAUGCAUCGACAAUUGGUCAAUGAGGUGUGGUACUUGAUCGGCUCCUUGCAAAGGAACUUUGGCCCGAUGUGGGAUGGAAUACCUUAUCCCAGAGCCAUGUCCAUUUCCCAAGAGAUAUUCGAAUGGGCCACGGAAUAUCGUGCACAACAGAAAGAUAUUCUGUCACAUAUCAGGAUGUACAGAUAUGUCAACUGGAUUCGGCUUCAGGUGGAGGAGAAACUUCAGAAGCUAGAUUUGCCGAACGCGAUGCAAGAAGAGGGCCUGUUCAUUGUGCCUAACCCAUUGAGCCAGGAUCCCAUUCGAUUCCAGUACUAUAUUAGGUCAAACGCGUCACUCAGCUUUGAAGCUUGGUUCAUGGGGAGAGUCUUGUCCACUACCCGGAUAGAUCAGAAAGGGGCGACGGAAAGGAUGUGGGUGCAAAUGAUGGAGACGCUGCGUGAACGUGAAAAGCUCAUCGUGUCCCCGACGGUCCAAGACUUGGGCUCUGAGACUGCCGCCGCCGCCUUGAAGAAGAGAAGACGUCUGCGGGCUAGGUCUGCUUCAAAAACUGUUACACGGGGUCAUGACAAGACAUCAGCUCAACAGCCACAAGUUCAGUCUUCCACAGUGGCUGAACAAGACCAAUACAAACAGUUCGACGCCCACAAAAAUUCAUCAGGCAAGGCGCAGAUAUCCUUUUCUUCAGAAUCGGGCCAAAUGAAUCAAAAGGUUUCUUUUGGAACCGCCAUGGCUAGGCUCAUGAAUCCUUUUUGGUUACAGCAGGGGGCUUCUUCCAAAGAACUGGCAUCGACCAACAUUUCCUUUGACGCAGCUUUCCCCAGCCCUGACAACCAGACUGUUGCGUCUGGAUCACCUGCUUCAGACAGGAAAUCGGCCAGUCCUGUGAAAAAACCCUCGUCGAAGUCCGAUUCUCCGCUUACAGAUAAGCGUGGGGCGCCGAAAGAGAAGCCCUCGGUGAGUAUCAAGACUGGUCAAGCUACGGCGGGAAGCAGCCACAAGCGCAGGAGUAAGGCUAUGGUUGCAGAGCUUCAAGCGACAGUGAAACAGCUUCAAGCACAAGUGGAAAGGCUUGAAGCGAAGGAAGAGUCCCCUCCACCACCAGUUGCUCCUAAAUUGACUGUAGGUCGGAGAACCUUCCGAUCUCAUAUUCGUCGAGGAGCAAGACGAUCAUACUGCACCGAUUCACCAAUCACCCAUGUCAGUGCCCGGGGCUGCAGCCAUGAAUCUCUACCAGAUAAAUUGACUGCCGUCCAUGUUUCCUCCGCCACUGCAAUCGCAGAUGAUGCCACUCGGCCCACAGAAGAUGAAAACUUGCUUGAUCAAACCAGGUCUUCGGAGCUCAAUGGCAAAGCGAACGAAGAGGUUACCCCAAUAUUCUGGAGCCAUAGCGAUCAGCGAGCGCCGAAUGGCCAGAAACCCAUCAUACAUUAUUGCCGAUCCCUUGAAAGCACCGAAGAGGUCGCAAAGCACUUCCUCAAUAGCAAGGUCAUCGGCUUCGACAUGGAGUGGAAAGCACAAGUCUAUGCUUCAGACAGCAUCCAAAAUAACCUUUCCCUGAUCCAGAUUGCGAAUGAAGAGCGCAUCGCACUUUUCCAGAUCGCUCUGUUCAAGCCGGCCCGCACCCUCGAAGACUUUGUCUCUCCGUCACUCAGACGCAUUCUCGAGUCUCGGGAUAUCACCAAAGUCGGAGUUGCGAUCAAAGCGGACUCGACCCGCUUGCGCAAGUAUCUCGGCGUCGAAGCGCAGUCGAUUUUCGAGUUGAGCCAUUUGUUCAAAUUGGUUAAGCACGGACAAACAAAUCCGAAGCUUGUCAACAAAAGGAGCGUCAAUCUGAGUGAGCAGGUCCAGGAGCAUUUCGGACUGCCACUUGAAAAAAGUGAGGAUGUGCGGUGUGGCGAUUGGACUCGUUCUUUGAACUAUCGUCAGGUCCAAUAUGCCGCCACAGAUCCUUACGCUUGUCUCUGCUUGUUCAAUGCCAUGGAACAGAAGAGACAAUCCAUGGACCCUGUCCCGCCUCGUCCUGCCCAUGCUGAGCUGAACCAGCCUAUCAUUGUCCCAAGUGGAGAAGAAGUGAAAAGCGGAGACAAGGAAUCCGCUGCCUCUGAUUCCGUCGAGGUUGACGUGGCCGAGCGUUCUUAG